AUGGAUGACAAAAAAGAGAAACAGUCAGACGCAGUGCCCAUAAGGCCGGUUUCGUCCUUACUGUCUCAUUUCGAGGGACUCAAGGUAAACCACCUGCAACCCGAUGAACGUGGCACCGGUCCAUCAUCGCCACAGCCUCUACGGCCCGUAGAUGUACCAUCACCAGGACCGGCACCACGGAAGUCGUUCGACCUGGUGCGACCAGUAUCUCCAUGGGCUGGCGUCGGGUCUGCGAGCCAUGUAGGAUCAUAUACACCUGCCAAGGGCAGCGAAUCUCCAACGAGAUCGCUCCACAAGCGACCCAUGUCGAUGCUCAUGCAAUCAUCGCCGCAAUUGACUCCCUCGGUCAAGGUCGACUCGCCCAGAUCACCGCCGCGUACAUACUUCGAACGGAGUGUCUCCAGGUCUCCCGAACGCUUUGAUGACACGCCUUUCGCAAAAGUGCGUGAACUCAUCUCUCAACAUUCGAGCCGGCCGCCGACACGACCGACGACGCCUCGGGCACCAAGCCAGGAGCGGGCAGGCACCUCAGUGGCAGGAAAUGAGCAAAAGUCUACAGAUACGCAGGCACCGAGGUCACCCGGUAGACCUCCGCCUAUCAACAGGGCAGAGAAGCCGAAGAUACCUGCAAAGCCGAUGACAAUUGCUCCACCACCUGGAAAUGCCGGGGGCAUCGCCCUGAGGCCUGAAGCCCCACGCAGACCAUCAUUCGAGGCACGCAUAUCACCUUUCAGUACACCUCCAAGUAGCAACGAGAGCUCGCCUACACAAAGUCCUGAGCCGGUCGCUCCCAUGCUCGGCUUCACACCUACAGAUCCGACGUCGGCCCCUAGCAGAAUCGGGGGUCAACCUAUAUCUGCGGCUCUGUCAGAUCGAGGAAAGGAUUCUCGUCUUCUAGGCUUUGCCUCCAAGGCCCCAACAACCGAAAGAAAAGACCCUCGGACCAUAGGGUUUGCGCCUCCCGAACCACAACCGCCCAGUCGACAAUCAACCCUGCCUUCAAGGGCGAACACAGUUUCAGAGAAGCCAUCCAGAGACCCUCGAGAGUUAGGCUUCGUCUCUGGCAAACCGUCUCCACGUCAUGUGUCAGAGACGAUUCGAAGUACACCUCCGCCUCCUGUGGUGCACUCACAAUCAAUCCGUGCUCCGCAUGCACGAGACCCUCGACAGCUUGGUUUCAACAGCCAACAGCAGGCUGAUGUCGGCGUCAUUGAGGAAGAAGCACGCCCCGAUUUACCUCCGCGACGAAACAUCGAGCCUCCACCCCGUCCUUCCAAUGAAUCCAAAAACCAAAUAAAGCCUGUAACCCAAAUGCAGCAUCAUGGAGUGCCAGACAAGGCUAGAAAGCUCAUUCCAGCACAGCCUGUGUCGCGGACUCCAGCAGUAGCGGUGGAUACGCGUUUCCCUCCACCACCCAAACGUGGCAGUGUUGAUAGCGUUCAGGUCCCAACCUCCGCAAACUCUAGGACGGAAGUGUCUAACAGGUCCUCGAUCUCCGCAGCGGCUCCAAGAGCUUCGCGGGACGAUUCGGACGAUGCAGAGGAACGAGCUGAAGAGCCCAGCACGUUGCGGUCAGAGUACCCCGAUGCUACCAACACCAACCGUCGACCUCCCUUCUGCAAAGACAGUCCGUGGGAAAUUGGUACUAGAUCUGACUCAAGAACGCUGACGGUGUGCGGUAAAUACCUGUGCACAGCUGGCUACGUCACUCGUGUCUUCGACAUGACUUCUGGCGAACAGGUGAUGAGCAUCAACCAUGGCGAGACAGUCAAGGUCACUGCUGUGGCAUUUAAACCUGCAGCUGACCUGGCCCAAGAGGGUGCCAUGUUGUGGCUUGGUACAAAUGCUGGCGAGUUGAUGGAACUUGAAGUGGCCACCUAUACUAUCAAGACCACCAAUUUAACGCACAAUCGUCGGGAAAUUGUCUCUAUACUGCGGAACGGACGCGAUUUGUGGACACUCGAUGAUGAUGGCAAACUUUUUGUGUGGGAAGCAGAUGAAACAGGAGUGCCUAGCUUGAAAUAUAGUCACAUCUCCCACAAAGUCCAACGAGGCCAUUCAUUCUCGAUGGUCAUAGACGGGACGCUUUGGCUAGCGACAGGGAAAGAAGUUCGAGUCUACAAACCAGGAAAUGAAAACUCCUUUGCGGCGUUGACGGGUCCAUUGUCACAGCACGGGACUGGAGACGUUACUUGCGGCACCCAUUCGAAGGAGAAUGGAGGAAGAGCGUACUUCGGCCACAAUGAUGGUAGAGUUACCAUCUAUUCCACACAAAACUUCUCCUUUAUUGGAAACAUCAAGGCCAGCGACUAUAAGAUCAACAGCAUGUCUUACGUUGGGGACAGGCUCUGGGCGGCGUUCAAGACCGGGAUGGUUUAUGUAUACGACACGUCUACGUUACCUUGGAAGGUCAAGAAAGACUGGCGCGCUCAUGAAGGCCCGGCUACAGAGCUCCUACUCGAUCCCAGCAGCGUCUGGACCCUACAACGAUUACAAGUCGUAACGAUUGGCCAUGACAACUAUGUCAGGCUAUGGGAUGCCGCGCUCGAAGACGAUUGGAUAGAAAGUGAAAUGCACAGUCGCGAUGUCGAGUACUGCACUUUCCGAAAAGUCCGCGCCGCUGUGAUCACAUGGAAUGUUGGCGCGUCAACGCCGUAUGAUGUACGGAAGGACUUCAUAGCCGACGCAAUUCAUGCGGAAGAUCCACCUGAGAUACUGGCUUUUGGAUUCCAGGAAGUCGUCGAUUUGGAAGACCGCGCAGUGACCGCGAAGAGCAUCCUCGGCUUCGGUAAGAAGAAGGACACAGUCAAGAACGAACAACACCAAAGCCGUGUCUACCGCGAGUGGCGAGACUACCUCAGCUUAGUCAUUAACCGGAACACGAGCGCAGACUACUCCUAUUCUGAAUUGCAGACGUCCAGCUUGAUUGGACUCUUCCAAUGUGUUUUCAUUAGGCAAGAAGAACGGCAACAUGUUCGCAAUCUGCAAGCGACGAGUGUCAAGCUUGGCCUGAAAGGACGUUACGGCAACAAAGGUGCUCUAGUGACCCGCUUUGUCCUCGACGACAGCUCCGUGUGCUUUGUCAACUGCCAUCUCGCAGCUGGACAGACGCAUACCUCACAUCGCAACAACGACGUUGCAAGCAUUCUGGAGGCUGAGUCUCUGGAUGCGGAACCAGACCUUGACAAUCGCAGUUCAUUGUAUGUUGGAGGAGGCGACGGUGCGCAAGUCCUCGACCACGAAAUAUGCAUCUUGAACGGCGAUUUGAACUAUCGCAUUGACACUGUCCCUCGCGACACUGUGGUCCAGAUGAUCAAGCGUAACGAGCUCGCCAAGCUACUGGAGCGUGACCAGAUCAUGGUGUCUCGCCGUCGCGUGGCUGGGUUUCGACUCGCGCUGUUUAAUGAAUUGCCCAUUACAUUCGCUCCAACGUACAAGUACGACGUGGGCACCGACAAUUACGACACAUCGGAAAAGAAGCGCGCCCCCGCUUGGUGUGAUCGAGUCCUGUACCGUGGGCCUGGCCGCGUGAAGCAGCUCGAGUACCGACGGCAUGAGGUGCAGACGAGCGACCACCGACCUGUCAGCGGCAUAUUCAAGCUGAGGAUCAAAACAAUCGAUACACGCAAGCGGACCAAAGUCAAAGAUACGUGUUACGAACAAUUCGCUGAGGUCAGGAGGCGCAUAGCUGAGAAGGCCAGUACCGAGUACCUCGUCACCACGCUGGGCGUGGGCGAGCAGGAGGCCAGGCGGUUGAUUACAGGAAAGUGA